UCAAUCCGGCAGCGGCAGUACAGCUACCGUGAAAAUUCCCAUGAAUUACAGAAGGACACGAGUCCAUUGAAACGACUAUUUUAGCUCGGGGGAAAUCGGAAAGCCUCUGGAUUUCAACUUUCAAGUCCUACCCAAGUCAAGAAUUUGGUAAAUUUUUAAUCUAGGAAAAGAUGCGGCCAAUCGAUUCUGGCGCCGUCUCCUUCGUGAUCUUGCUGUUCGUCCUUCUACUUGUACUGCCACGCUCAUCCGCGUCGCCCACGCCGCCGUCAGUCCGGCGAUUAUCCGGCGUCCAGAGAAGCAACUCCAGCCGCCAGAUCCCAAACUGCAGUGGCAUGGCAUCCAGAUCUCAGUGCUCCCAGAACCCAAAGUGCAAGUGGUGCCGGAGCGAUGCUCUGGACGACAUGUGCUUCAGAAAGCUCGAAGCUUGGAAGCUCCCUCAGCAGGUCUUUGUUUGUGAUUGAUGAGAUUUGAAAUUUCACACUCUUUUUCUGGAGAAAAAGUUCUCUGUAUUUAGGAGCUUACGAUGUGAAAUUCUCCAAAAGAGCCGCCUUUACUUUGUGGGUUGCUGUGUUGUUAGGGUUUUGAUUGCUGGAAUUUUGUGGCUUUGCUUGCCUCUCACUGCUGUGGCCAUGGAAUGGACAAUGAUCCGAUUUUUGUGAAUCCUUGAUUUUACUCAUUGAACAUUGUUCAGCCGGGUACUCUGUUUUUGUCUUCUUUAUGCCAUGGCGGAGCAGAGGAGGUGAUUGAACUGGAAUUUCAAUGUUUUAGUUGUUAAUCACAGUUUACGAAAAUGAUAAUCUGCUGAAAGCAAAUUGGUUUUGGGAUGUUGAAGGAUUUGCGAGUUCUUUGAGUUCAUUCUGAAGGAUCUGGCUCUUAUUGCUCGUUUUGCCCAAAUUUCGAGUCUUCUGCAUUUGAAAUUGGCAGUUAACGUUUGAUUUCUGUCUGUGAAUGGCCAUUACAGAUAGUAAUGGGCAAGUAAAAGAGUAGAAUUAGC